AGGACCUGAUAGGUUCCGAGAUGGAUGAGAAAGCCGAAGCGUUAGAGGCGGUGGUGAAGGAAGCAGUGGAUUUGGAGAACGUACCCAUUGAAGAGGUGUUUCUGACCUUGAGGUGUGACGAACAUGGACUCACAUCUGAGGCUGCUCAGCAGAGGCUGGCCAUUUUUGGGUACAACAAGCUUGAGGAGAAGCAGGAAAGUAAGAUUUUGAAGUUCUUGGGGUUUAUGUGGAACCCUCUCUCAUGGGUGAUGGAAGCUGCAGCUAUCAUGGCCAUUGCUCUUGCCAAUGGAGGAGGAAAGCCUCCAGAUUGGCAAGACUUUGUUGGGAUCAUUACUCUGCUCUUUAUCAAUUCAACUAUAAGUUUUAUUGAAGAGAACAACGCUGGAAAUGCUGCUGCUGCUCUCAUGGCCCGUCUCGCCCCCAAAGCCAAGGUUCUCCGAGAUGGGAAGUGGAAUGAGGAGGAUGCUUCCGUUCUUGUUCCUGGUGAUAUAAUCAGCAUUAAGCUUGGGGACAUUAUUCCAGCAGAUGCUCGCCUCCUCGAUGGUGAUCCACUGAAAAUUGAUCAGUCUGCACUAACCGGUGAGUCGCUUCCUGUCACCAAAGGCCCUGGUGGCAGUGUGUAUUCGGGUUCUACAUGCAAACAAGGAGAGAUUGAAGCUGUGGUGAUUGCCACUGGUGUUCAUACCUUUUUCGGCAAGGCUGCUCACCUUGUUGAUAGCACGAAUCAACAGGGACACUUUCAAAAGGUCUUGACUGCAAUUGGGAAUUUCUGUAUAUGUUCUAUCGCUGUGGGAAUGGUCGUAGAGAUCAUAGUCAUGUACCCAGUUCAACACAGAAGUUACCGACCUGGUAUUGACAACCUGCUUGUGCUACUUAUUGGAGGAAUUCCCAUUGCAAUGCCCACAGUUUUAUCUGUGACAAUGGCUAUUGGUUCCCACCGCUUAGCUGAGCAGGGUGCUAUCACUAAACGAAUGACGGCAAUUGAAGAAAUGGCAGGCAUGGAUGUUCUUUGCAGUGACAAAACUGGGACUCUGACAUUAAAUAAGCUUUCAGUUGACAAGACUCUUUUAGAGGUCUUUGUUAAAGGGGUGGACAUAGAUACUGUUGUUCUAAUGGCAGCUCGAGCUUCACGAAUCGAAAAUCAAGAUGCUAUAGAUGCUGCUAUUGUGGGAAUGUUGGCUGAUCCAAAGGAGGCAAGAGCCAAUAUUCAAGAGGUGCACUUCCUUCCAUUCAACCCAACUGACAAGCGAACAGCUCUUACAUAUAUUGACCUUGAAGGUAAAAUGCAUCGUGUCAGCAAAGGUGCACCAGAACAGAUUUUGAAUCUUGUACCCAAUAAAUCAGAGCUAGAACGUAGAGUUCAUGUUAUGAUUGAUAAAUACGCGGAGCGAGGACUAAGAUCCCUAGCAGUAGCAUACCAGGAAGUUCCAGAUGGAAGGAAGGAGAGCCUUGGAGGGCCUUGGCAAUUCAUUGCACUCAUGCCUUUGUUUGAUCCUCCGAGACAUGACAGUGCAGAGACAAUUAAAAGAGCAUUGAAUCUUGGUGUGAAUGUUAAGAUGAUCACAGGUGAUCAGCUCGCAAUAGCGAAGGAGACAGGACGCCGUCUUGGUAUGGGAACAAACAUGUACCCCUCAUCAGCUCUUUUGGGACAGAAAAAGGAUGAGUCACUUGCUGGUUUGCCAGUUGAUGAGCUUAUUGAAAAAGCUGAUGGAUUUGCUGGUGUUUUUCCUGAGCACAAGUACGAGAUUGUGAAGCGUUUGCAAGCAAGAGGACAUAUAUGUGGGAUGACCGGUGAUGGAGUUAAUGAUGCUCCUGCUCUUAAAAAAGCUGAUAUUGGCAUAGCUGUUGCUGAUGCAACUGAUGCAGCUCGAAGUGCUUCUGACAUUGUACUCACAGAACCUGGCCUUAGUGUCAUCAUAAGCGCUGUACUAACUAGUCGAGCUAUAUUCCAGAGAAUGAAAAAUUACACGAUAUAUGCUGUUUCCAUUACAAUCCGUAUUGUGCUUGGUUUCAUGUUACUGGCACUCAUAUGGCACUUCGACUUUCCACCCUUCAUGGUUCUGAUCAUUGCUAUCCUUAAUGAUGGUACUAUCAUGACAAUUUCGAAGGAUAGAGUGAAACCCUCUCCUCUGCCAGACAGUUGGAAACUAGCAGAGAUCUUUACCACCGGUAUUAUCCUUGGUAGUUACCUAGCGGUGAUGACAGUCAUUUUCUUUUGGGCAGCAUACGAAACAGACUUCUUCCCUCGUAAAUUUGGGGUUUCAAGCCUUCAGAAAAAGCAUAUCGAGCAUAACGAUAGCUACAGGAAGCUUGCCGCUGCAGUGUACCUGCAAGUGAGUACAAUCAGUCAGGCUCUCAUAUUCGUCACACGAGCGCGUAGUUGGUCUUUUGUGGAGCGUCCUGGUCUAUUACUUGUAUCAGCUUUUGUUAUUGCUCAGCUGAUUGCUACACUCAUCGCUGUCUAUGCCGAUUGGAGUUUCGCGGCGAUAAAGGGAAUUGGGUGGGGUUGGGCUGGUGUUAUUUGGUUAUAUAACCUCGUCUUCUAUCUUCCACUUGAUAUUAUCAAGUUCAUCAUCCGAUAUGCACUGAGUGGGAGAGCUUGGGAUCUCGUAUUUGAGCAGAGGACUGCCUUCACAAGGAAGAAGCAUUUUGGGAAGGAAGAAAGGGAGCUCAAAUGGGCUCACGCGCAGAGGACUCUCCACGGUCUGCACCCACCGGACACCAAGAUGUUCGGUGAACGCGCUUCUUACACAGAACUUAAUCAGAUGGCCGAAGAGGCAAGAAGACGCGCUGAAAUUGCCAGACUGAGGGAGAUGCGCACCCUGAAAGGGCAUGUCGAAUCAGUGGUGAGGAUGAAGGGCCUGGACAUCAACACAAUUCAGCAAUCAUACACUCUCUAAGAUACGAUCAAUUUCGCUUAUGGUUUGCAGUGGAUCAUAGUGUUUGCUUGUACCUAGAUCAUGUAAUAUGUGUAUGCUUUAUACAGUAAUGCCACAGAGAGACCAACAAUAAACUUGAAUUUGAUAAUAUGAGUUCUUCGAAUCGAA